AUUAAGAUUUGGUGGUUAUGAUUAUGGUCCAUGAACUUUGUUCCUUUUUUUUUCUAGCUUUUAUAAUCAAAAGCAAGAAAGUUUGUGAAAUUAUUGGAAAAGUGAAAGAUACCAAAGUAAAGAGUACUCCCCAUUUUCGCUUCAAGGAUUCUCCUUUGUUUGCUCAAAAUUUUCUUUUGGUGAACUUUUUUUUCUGGCGAUCGCGCACACAUACACAAGCCUUUACACAUAAUUUCUCCAACAAAAGACACACAAAUACAAAUUCAUCUCUCCUCCUUUAUCUUUAUGCAAGUCAAAUCGCUGUUUUUUCUUACCAUUACAAAUUCUUCACGCUCUUUCGCUCCGCUGUAAAACUCUCUCUAUCUCCAACUUGUUCUGUUUCUCACCUCUGAGACCCACAUCUCGAAUUUUUCUGGGUCCUCUUCCUAACAAGUAACAACAACAUCUUUGGAGUUUCUGGCUUGUGGGUCUUCAAGUAAUCAUCCAAUUUUGGCGGGAAUCAGACGCCAAUCGGAAGAAUUUUUUGUUUUUGUUUUUGUUUUGUUGAUGGCUAAUCCAUCGGGAGCCUAUCAACAUACAGCUCAUUCGAUCCACGGUUCUACUUCUAGUUUAAGUGGAAGCAGUAGUAGUAUAGCUUGUUAUGCUGCUGUUAAAGGGACCUCGCCGCCGGUGCAGGAGAAUUUGGGUUUCGAACCGGCGCCUUCCUUGAGGAACAACUCGAGCUGGUCUACAGAAUGGACGACCGAUGAACAGUCAAUUUUAGAAGAAGGUUUGAAUGAAUAUGCUUCUCUAUCAAACAUUAUAAAGUAUGCAAAGAUUGCUCUCCUAUUACCAGAUAAGACAGUACGAGAUGUGGCAUUCCGUUGCAAAUGGAUGGCUAAAGUAGAAAAUUUCAAGAGAAGGAAAGAAGAACCAAGUUUGACAAAGAAAUCCAAGGAUAAAAUGGUGAAAUCUACGAUAACAGCAGCCAGGUCACCUUUCCCCACAUAUGUUCAGCCACCCGUGAUGACUAGGGACAGUAAUGAGGGUGGCGUCCCUUAUGAAGCUGUUGGUGGUUCCAUCGGACAACUGCUUGAGCAGAAUGUUAGGGCGUUUGGAGAGAUUAACGGAAAUCUAGCUGCUUACAAGAUACACGAGAACAUAGGCAUCUUUUAUCAAGCUCGGGAAAAUAUCCUCAAAAUGUUACAAGAAUUGAGGGAAUCAGGGGAUGCAAUGAACCAGAUGCCGCCGCUUCCAGUAACAUUGGAUGAAGGGUUGAUUAACUCGCUCAUAUACACAUGACUCUCAUUCAUUGCAAUCACGAUUCAAAAAAAGAGCUCAUAUUCCACGUUUCUGUACAUAUCCAACUCGGCUCUCAGAGCUGGUCAAUGAUCCUCUCCUGUAGAACGAGGCGAGACAUUCUGCGAUCCAUUCCUUUCUGUCUAUAAAUUGUGAAAGUCAAUAAAAGUUCCACUUUGAACAUUCACAUGAUUACUUGCUCCCUUUUCUUUUUAUUGUGGGAGAAAGGAAGAGGCUGUUAAUUGGUAUUAUGAUUAUUGGGUUUGUUUAGGCAGUGCAAAUUUGCUUAAUUGUAGAAGCAUAUGAUAUGAAACACUUUUUAGUUUUAGUGUUGGAUGAUGUAUGUUUAAUUAAGUUAUAUUUUAGAAUA